AUGAGUCAGGGUCUAGAAACUCCAGUGGCUUUGGAACUAUUUUGCAAAAUUUUGGAAACGUUAAGUGAAAGACCAAUAAGUGGUGUUGUAUUGCUGAGUUGGUCUCGUUCGGAUAUAUUAUCUCUUAUGUUGAGCAUAAUGUCACUUAUUCUUAUAUCAUGUUCUGUUGCUUCAUACCGAUAUUCCUCCAGCUACUCCUGGAUAUCGAUUGCUGGGGAUUUGCUCUUUGUCCUCUUGUCAAGUAGCCUUUUGUUCUUAACGUUCUUAACGCGUUAUAAAAGGAUAAUUUCAUCUUGUACACAGUUUAAGACAUUCUUAAGAUCUUCCGUCACUUGUCUUAGAAAUUUGAAGCCGAAUGAGCUUUCAUAUUCACCUUGUCUAAAUGGACUUUUAAAUGAGAUGGUUGGUUUGGAUACCCACCUCACUAUCCGAGAUGGAAAAAUCGUGGUCUUGCCUGCUGUUUUACUUGUUCCGGGUGAUGUUAUUAUUAUUAAACCAGGUCAGACAAUCUUCGCUUUCUGCAAACAAAUAAAUGAAAAUCACAUUUACUUUCCAGGUGAUGUUUAUGUCCCUCAGAAACUCAGUUGUAACCUGAUAUCCACCUCGUUUACAUCCAUUCAAAAAUCAGAUGAGUCUGUGGUAGCCGUUGUCAUCCAUUCUCCUUUGGCUUCUUACCUUGAUAUUGCUUUUAGAUCAAGAGUUGAAAAUGGUUAUACGUUUCAACCGCUUGCUUAUAAAGUUGUGAAUACUGCAGUUUGGGUUUCUUUAAUUAUCAAGUGUUCUAUAACUUUCAUUUUUCUAACUUCAAUAUUUAUUUGCACAUUACCUAUUGGUGAUCUUAGUCAUCAGUUUUAUCGCUUGCUAAUCUGGUUUGCCCACACUCUUGGUAUUGUUAUUGCUUCUUCGAGCUUCUCAUUGUAUUUCUUAUGGAUGAUUGCCACUGCUGUCGUCACAUUCCACUUCCAGAAUGUUCUUUCUAACUCUCAGGAUCAUUUUAAACUUAUUGAUGGCAAUGACUUCAAAUCUCCCCAUGUAUUUUUCCAACCCAACAUGUCUAAGGCUUCCAGAUCAAACACGCUAACUUUUCACUCGCUUAUCUCCAAUCUUCGCUACAUUGGCUUUAUGGGCUUGGAAGUAAGUAACUUGCGGGGAUCAGGUAUGUUUCCUACCAAUUCAUGA